AUGUAUGAUUUGAACAAGAGUGGUACAAUCACAAAGGAUGAAUUCAAGGAUAUCCUACAGAUGAUGAUAGGGGCAAAUGUACCCGAAGAACAAGUGAAUUCAAUUGCUGAUCGUACGAUGCGAGAAGCAGACAAGGAUGGCGACGGAUGUAUCACUUUUGCUGAGUUCUGUCAUGCAAUGGAGAAGACUGAUAUUGAACAGAAGAUGUCAUUCCGCUUUCUGACUUAA